GGCGCAGCAGAGGGCAGAUAUCAGUGUCGAUGGCAUUCGUUCCCAGCUAUUCUUAGGAGCCUCUCAGGAGCUCCACACAGCCUGGCCAGGCAGCAGGGGACGGAGCAGACGCCGCCGCUGUCAGCACCAGCAUGUCCUACAGUGUGACCCUGACCGGGCCUGGGCCCUGGGGCUUCCGUCUGCAGGGGGGCAAGGACUUCAACAUGCCGCUCACUAUCUCCCGGAUCACGCCAGGCAGCAAGGCCGCCCAGUCCCAGCUCAGCCAGGGUGACCUCGUGGUGGCCAUUGACGGCGUCAACACAGACACCAUGACCCACCUGGAGGCCCAGAACAAGAUCAAGUCUGCCAGCUACAACCUGAGCCUCACGCUGCAGAAGUCGAAGCGUCCCAUUCCCAUCUCCACGGCAGCGCCUCCCAUCCAGUCCCCUCUGCCGGUGAUCCCCCACCAGAAGGUGGUAGCCAACUCUCCAGCCAACGCUGACUACCAGGAACGCUUCAACCCCAGCGCCCUCAAGGACUCGGCCCUAUCCACCCACAAGCCCAUCGAGGUGAAGGGGCUGGGCGGCAAGGCCACCAUCAUCCACGCGCAGUACAACACGCCCAUCAGCAUGUACUCCCAGGACGCCAUCAUGGACGCCAUCGCCGGGCAGGCCCAGGCCCAGGGCAGUGACUUCAGCGGGGCAUCGCCGCUGGCGAGCCUUCCUAUUAAAGACCUCACUGUGGACAGCGCCUCUCCCGUGUAUCAGGCUGUGAUCAAGAACCAGAACAAGCCGGAGGAUGAGGCUGACGAGUGGGCCCGCCGCUCCUCCAACCUGCAGUCCCGCUCCUUCCGCAUCCUGGCCCAGAUGACGGGCACAGAAUUCAUGCAAGACCCUGACGAAGAAGCUUUGCGAAGGUCAAGGCCCAAGGCCUCGGCCUACAGUCCCACGGCUGCGACCUGUUCGGCACCUGCCGCCCAUACAUACAGCGAGGCCCCAGCUGCCCCUGUGCCCAAGCCCCGGGUUGUCACCACUGCCAGCAUCCGGCCUUCUGUCUACCAGCCAGUGCCUGCGGCUACCUACAGUCCAUCCCAGGGGGCCAGUUACAGCCCAACUCCCUACACCCCCUCUCCUGCUCCUGCCUAUACCCCCUCUCCUGCCCCCACCUACUCCCCCUCCCCGGCACCAGCCUAUACCCCCUUGCCUGCCCCAAGCUAUAACCCUGCACCCUUGGCGGCCUACAGCGGGGGCCCUGCGGAGUCAGCCAGCCGCCCCCCGUGGGUGACAGACGACAGCUUCUCUCAGAAGUUUGCCCCUGGCAAGGGCACCACCUCCAUCAGUAAGCAGACCCUUCCCCGAGCGGCCCCUGCCUACAGCCCUACAGGUCCCCAGGUGUCCCCACUUGCCAGGGGCACUGUCCAGAGGGCCGAGCGCUUCCCAGCCAGCAGCCGGACUCCACUCUGUGGCCACUGCAACAGCAUCAUCCGGGGCCCCUUUCUGGUAGCCAUGGGCCGCUCCUGGCACCCAGAAGAGUUCACCUGUGCCUACUGCAAGACCUCCCUGGCAGACGUGUGCUUUGUGGAGGAGCAGAACAACGUUUACUGUGAACGGUGUUAUGAGCAGUUUUUUGCCCCAAUCUGUGCCAAGUGCAACACCAAAAUCAUGGGGGAAGUGAUGCAUGCCCUGAGACAGACAUGGCACACGACCUGCUUCAUCUGUGCAGCCUGCAAGAAGCCCUUCGGGAACAGCCUCUUCCACAUGGAGGAUGGGGAGCCCUACUGCGAGAAAGACUACAUCAAUCUGUUCAGCACCAAGUGUCAUGGCUGCGAUUUCCCUGUGGAGGCCGGUGACAAGUUUAUUGAAGCCCUGGGACACACCUGGCACGACACCUGCUUCAUUUGCGCAGUCUGUCAUGUGAAUCUGGAGGGGCAGCCAUUCUACUCCAAGAAGGACAAACCCCUGUGCAAGAAGCACGCGCACGCCAUCAACGUGUAGGGAGCCCAGGGCGUCUGUUGCGGACAGGCUGGGAGCUGCUCCUGCUGCUGGCAACAAAGGAUUCAGGGAGGCUGAUGUUUCUUUUAGGGGGAAAGGGGGAAGACAGGAAGCAACUGAGCCCUUUUGAAGUAUAAUUUUAGUCCUUUCUUCUGCACUCAGAUCAUGUAUUUGCAUAGUUCAGACUAGAAGCCAAAUGAAGAUUCCUAAACCAAGCUAGUAAUUAAUCCAAGACUGGAAUUGUACUUCAAACGUUUAGGACAGGAAUCCAAGAACUCAAAAGUGAAAUACGAAAAGUAACUUUCCCAAAGUGAUACAUGUCCCUGAGGUCCCCAGAGCAGGGACGGGGCUCAGAGCAGUUGUGGAGAAUCUGAAGCGUCUAUGGAGUUUUCUAGAGCUCCUCUGGCAAACAAACGAAGUGCCAAACAGUCCUGGCUGCAGGGUAUUUUUAGAGCCAUAGCUGAGAGCUUAUGAGCUAAGACCGAUUGGGCUUUCCUCACCAAAAAAGGAAGUGUUAUUCCAUGACCAGCGCCAUGGAGCUACCUCUGCACAUCAGACUUCAGACCUGAACAGACUUGAGCAUUCUGAAGGGAGCCCAGACAUCCGAAGAGAUGUGUUCUGGGAGCCCUGGGCAGUUGACGGGGCUUUGGGAGGGCUGGGGCUCACCCUGCACACUGCUGAGCAAAGAUGGGCUCUUCAGUUACCCUCUUUCAGUCUGAAACAUUCAAUAUCCCCUGAAGGCUUCGCUC